UCGUAAAUUGCACGCCUCUGUUGAAAACUCUUUUUAAUGUAAUGUAUAAAAUAAAAGAAAAAAAUGAAAACGGUCAUUUAAAUUGAGAGUGUAAUCAAGGCAGAUUGGGCAGCAGCGUCGUCGUCGUCGCGUCACACCUUUAUUUUUUGUCGGCGAGAGCAGCAGUAGCGCGUAGAAUUUGGAGCAGCCAGCGCAGCGAAAUACAGGAAUUGGAAUCCCAAUCAGCAGGCGAAUUAUAACGGGGCAGCAGCAAUAGCAGCCGCAGCAACAGCAACAAUAACAACAACAAUUCUAAUUCAACUACGCACCCAUUAACACCCGCCCCCCAUCCUUGCCAGCCCCCAAAGCCCCGCCUCCCACAACCCCCACGCCCUCCGGAACGCCCGCACUUUUGACACAAACACAGAGACACACAUUAAAAAAAAAAACAAAAAGAAUCAAAAAAAAAAAAACACCAAAACACAUAUAUACUUAUCAACCGAGCGACAAAAAACCGACCGCAUUUAUCAUCCGCACAUCGCACAUCGCAUUGUUUGCUAUUGUUGUCUGCUCCGAUUUGCACGCGAAGGAGCAGACAAAGAGGACGCGCCGAGGAGGAGGGGAAGGAGGCGGCGCAGGAGGGGAGGAGACGCCGACAAAGGAUCCGAAGGCAUCCAGUAGUAUCCUGCAUCUAUGGGUCAAAAGGCGAGCACUCCGGCGACCAGUGGCCAGCAGAGCCCUCGCUCCAGGACAUUCUCGAGUAGUUCCACCGGAGCAGCCGACCACACGGCCCAGCCGACGACGCAUCCCGGCCAGAAUCGUGGCGGUGGCGGCAGCGGCAGCGGCGGCCCCAAUGACGCCGGCCAGGGCUUCAAUCUGCUGCGCACCCUGCCCGGCCUGCAGGUGUACAGCAACCACAAUCAGAACUCCACGUCCAUCGAUCGCCAGCGGGCGCGGAGUCUGAGCUCCGUGCCGGACAUCCAGCAGCAGGCGGCCCAGCAGCAGCAGGUGGGCUCGAUCACCUCGUCCGGCAGCAGUCCGCAUUCGCAUCCGCACGCGGCCCAUGGCCACCCUGCCGUGGGUGUCUCCGUGUCGGCGAACGCGGCCAAUGCGAACAGUAACAGCAACAGCAGCUUCCCGGCCGCCGGGAACAACAAUGGAUCCGCCACGCAGCCCUACAUGCAGCAGAGACGCACCCUGGGCGAUUCCAUACGGGACAUGUCAAUGACCGGCAGCAAUAUCGCCGAGAGCAUCGCCCUGGCCGCUUCCGCCACGUCCGCCAAUGGGAUCGGCCGUGUGUACACGGCCACCUCGCUUCCAUCGCACAUUUGGUCCUUCAAUGGUAUCAAGUGCCCUGUGUGCAAUAAGUUUGUGUUGCCGGACGACAUUGAAUGCCAUUUAGUCAUGUGCCUAACGAAACCACGACUCUCAUAUAACGAGGAUGUUUUGUCAGACGCCAAGGGCGAGUGCGUCAUCUGCCUUGAAGACCUGAGUCCGGGGGACACCAUCGCCCGGCUGCCAUGUCUCUGCAUAUAUCACAAAGGAUGCAUCGACCGUUGGUUUGAGGUGAAUCGCUCCUGUCCCGAGCAUCCUGGAGAUUAGUAAUCCUCGCCAGAGCUCGCCGAGUUGUUUGUGUGGUGCGUUAUGCAAGCGAGGAGGAGCGGUAUUGGAGCAGGAAUGGAACUGGAUCUGGAUCUGGAACUGCAACUGGCCAGUCGGACGCGGUGCGAAGGAGGGUUUUAUCGCUGGGUUAGGGCACAGAUUCCCAGGCCCAGUGACCAAAUAGCUAACACCUGUUCAACACCGCGACGAGCUGGAGCUUGAAAAUAAAGAGCGUUAAGGAUUUAGGAUAAAGAUAUAGGAUGGGAGAGGCUAUGCCACAAAAUGCUGAUCUAAAGAGUGGGAUCGAGCCAUCGAUCAUUUGACCUACCGACCGACCGAUCGACUGCUGACGGAACCCAAAAAAAACACACACAAAUCAAUUGAAACAAAAUAAUUUACAAUGCUAAACUGGCAAAAUAAUAAUAAUAAACAGAGUAAGAGAAAAAUGAAAAAAAAAAAGAAAUCAAAUAACGAAAUCAACCAACCCACAAAACUACAACAACAAGAAGCAACAACCAGAUGAUUAAGAUGACGAGGGAGUGUAAAGCGAAGCAACCAACCAACCAACAAAAGAAUGUCAACCAAUGUGAUGUUAAAUUUUAUAUUUUGUACUAUGGAUAAUGAUGUAAUUGUAAUUGUAAUGUAUAUGUAUGUAUUUAUUAUUUUAAACAGGACUAAAAUAGGAUAAACACAAAAAAAAAAAAAAAAAAACACAAGCGUAAGGAGAGAAUACACACAAAAAGAAAAUAACAAUAACAAAUACUAUUAAUAAUUAUGCUAAAUUAGAAGACAAACAAACGAAAACGAAAAGCAAAGCAACCAAAAAAAAAAAACACUUCAAAUAAGAAUGAAAUGUAACGAAGAUAGAAAACAAUUUUCACCAAUUUCGAUGUAUUUUAAGAUUUGUUUAACAAUCGCAAUCAAUUCACUUUGUGUUUAUCCAUUAGUUAUGGCUAGUUAUAUUUAAAUUAUUGUAAUGUUUUUAUAUCCAUGUUUGUUAUCAACAUUUUGUUUGUGUUUUUGUUUAAACAAAAGAAAAAAAUUUAAUUGACAGAGAUCGAAUGAGUAAUAUUUUAAAUAUUCGCCAUUAUUUGUAAUUUGUCAAUGUGAAGUUCUGGUCAAACGAAAGCUAAGGACAAAUCCAGUUCAAUUUUUUUUUGUUUUUUUAUACUGUCAAAAGCUUCAAACUGGCCAUACAUCCGAUAUCCGUAGACAUUUUGAGCUGGUUGUAAACGAUGCAGCGGCAGCUAAAUUCAAUGGCUGCACCAAUUGCCACCACCAGACCUUUAGUCUCGGAACGCCGAUUGCCUUGAAGCUGUGCGUUUAUUAUCAUUACUGUAUGAUUAUUGUAUGUAAAUUACGACCUACUACCCAUUAUUUUUACUAUCCUUGCUCAUCGAUAACCGGAUCGCAGCGAAGAUUGCGUCGAUGAUCCGCCAAAGUUUCCUUAGCAACCGAAGCAACAGCAGCGACGGCGGCAGCACGUAAGAACUAUUUUGUAAAUGAUAUACUUUAAUGUACUGUACAGAUAUACACCCCAUACACCAUGCAUAUAUACAUAUAUAUAUAUAUAGAACGUUGUAUAUGUAUAUUAUAUAUAUAUAUAAAUUGUAACUGUAUAACUAUAGCGUUGCAUUGAGCGAUUGAGGAUACAACUGAUUUCACUCCAAAGCUAAACGAGAAAAUAAAAGCGAAUGCAAAAGCGAUAUAAAUCUAACAUUUAAACACAAAAAUUUCCAUAUUGGUUAUAUUUGAGAAAUGGUUUUUUGUAUCCCGAUGGCAAGAUUGGUAAACUAAUCGAAGCAAAAGCAAAAAAAAAAAAAUGUAAAAGAAAAUAUUUGAACUUUUAUAACCAACCAAAGCGAAUAGAGCAAAUAAAAACGAUUUAGGAUAACAAUUGUCAAGUAAAACGGAAGCGAAACGAGAAGAACUUUAGAAAAUAAAUGAGUGAUUAUAUAUACCACAAAA